GAAUUGCAGUUCGCGCUGGUCCUAUGGUGUCGCUGGUGCCGCGUCAUCGUACGAACGAACAGGAUACCUCCGGUGGUGCGCAACAGUCGCUGAUGCCACCGAGGGUCGGGUCUAGUAGGAGCAGGGGGCCUGGCAACGUGGUGGUGGAGAACUUCACGCUGGACAUGCUCCACGCCUCGACGGACGGGUUCUCCGACGACAGCCAGAUCGGGACCGGCAGCUUCGGGUCCGUGUGCCGUGGCACCCUCCCCGACGGGCGCGAGGUCGCGAUCAAGCGCGCUGAGGACUCGGCAAAGGCAUCAAGCUCGGUGGCGCGGCACUGCGACCAAGAGACGGCGUUCGACUUGGAGCUGAACGCGCUGGCGCGCGCCAACCACAAGAACAUCGUGUGCCUGCUGGGCUGCUGCGCCGACUCCGGCGAGCGCGUGCUAGUGUACGAGUUCAUGGCAAAUAGCACGUUGCACGACCAGCUCCACAGCCGCAGCCCCCUGGCGGCGGCCAUGUCGUCGUGGCGCGGCCGCCUGACCAUCGCGCUUGGCACAGCGCGGGGCAUCGAGUACAUCCUGCUCGACGACGCGUGGACGGCCAAGAUCGCCGACUUCGGGCUGUCCUCCGUCCUGGACCCCAGCGCUGGUGCCGGCACGCCGCAGGUGCCACUCUACACGGGGGGCACGGUGGGGUACAUGGACCCGGAGUACUACCGGCUGCAGCACCUGACGGACAAGAGCGACGUGUACAGCUUCGGUGUGGUGCUCCUAGAGCUCGUGUCCGACCGUCGCGUCGUGCAGCGCUACGCCAAGAGCGUGACGCCCAAGAACGUGGUUGAGUUCGCGGUGCCGCACAUCCUGGCCGACGACGUCGCGCGCGUGCUCGACCCGCGCCUGCCCGCGCCCGGCGUGGCCGAGGCGCUGGCCUACGUGGGCUACCUCGCCGCCGACUGCGUGGGACCCGUGGGCUGUGAAUGCCCGUCCAUGACCGAGGUUGUGGUCGCCCUGGAGCGCGCCCUCGUAGCCUGCGGGGCGGCGCCACUGUCCCAUGCAGGCACCGGCUGCCGCUCCGUGCUCUCCCGCUCCGGCACCGACGAGUUCGACCUCACCGACACUGACUAGCCGUCGUGGACCAUGGUGGCUGCCAACUGCGAGCCGCAGCACGCGCCGAAUCGCCUGUCCCUGGGCCAUGGUUCUCCCGUUGAAAAGGUAAUGAAGCAAGAGAGAGCGGGAUCAGAAGGCGGUUGACGCCGACAUCUCGGAUGCCGCUGCUGCCGCGUGAUCAACGACUAGAUUACCUUCGAUUGACUUGCGAACAACCCACACAGGGACAGGGCACUGGAUCAACAGAUGGCCCGGUGAAACGGUUGACGAGAGACCAGUAGCACGACGGAAAAGAUCAUUCAUUCUUUCUUUCUUCCCACUUUCUCCUUCCUUGCUAUGUUCCUUGUAUACUUGUCUCUUUCCUCGUUGGGCGGUUUCUCCAUGUUCUUUGACCAAUGUGCAUAGAUAGAUGAGUGACAAAAUUUGAGAAGAAAAGAAUCACGAUUUAUAUUUGCUUCCAAUUU